AUGUGCUGGCGGCCCAAAGAGAAUUUCCGAAAGGGGGCGGAGAAAGGGGGGAAGAAAGUGAAGCGGAGGCCCCAGCUCCGGGCGGAGGAGGGCGGGGGCGCCCCCCUGACCCACUUUCCCCGGCGCCCACCCGCCGGCCCCCGCCCCGCCCCGCCCGCCCGCGUGGGAGUCCGAGCCCUGCGGGGGCGAACGAGCGGGGCGUGGGAGGCCCGCACGCUCCCCACCCCCAGCCGCGACCCGGAGGGCAGCGUGCAGGGGGCUGACUCCCCCUCGCGGGGAGCCGGGGCCCGGGAGCUCUCCCGCCGACUCGCGGCCCGGGACGGCAGGGCCUCCCUCCGCCGCCGGGGGCCCGGGGCGCCGCGGCCCCCAGCGGAGAAGGGGACCGAGGAGGGAAAAAGCUGUAAACAGCCCCAGCGUCCGGGCCUCGCCUCGAAGCGCCCCGCUUCGGAGGCCCCGCCGCUGGGCCGCCGGGGCCCUCAGUCCGCCGCGGGGCCGCCGCUGCCGGGGCCCGGGGGACCGGAGGGGAGUCCGGCCCGCUCCCCGGAGGGCUCCGGCACCGCGCGGAACGGUCCCGGCAGCAGAGAAGGGGGAAGUCAGGACUUACCUGUCAUUACUUUCUACGCCAUCUUGGAUCCACUUGUCAACGUCCCCACAAAGCAUUAUGGGUUGUCAAUGUCCAAUCAAGAUCAGAACUCCUGUCUCAAAAGCCCGUGACUGCCCUUGGAGAACUUUUGUAAAACUGAGCAAAAUACAUCUUAACAGAAAUAUUUAGACACAGGGCCACUGGGCUAUUUGGACUAAAGAAAGUAAUAUAAAACUAUAUAUAAAAACCCUGUUUUUCAAGGCCAUGAAAAAUUUCCAUUUGGUGAUCUUUGUACCUUAUGACACUUGAUCAAUGCUAUGCAUCAGGUGUCUAUCACCAGCCCUAUCCCUGGAUUUAGAUGAUGAUCAAUAAACAUUCAAUUGACUAUUUUUAAAAAAGACCAUUGGAAGAAAAUUACCACGCCAGAGCAAGCAAAAUUGUAAUUCACUGACACUCUAUCCACUGGGUCAAACCAGCUAGGGCUCAAUGAUUCUCUUUCAUCAUUAAUAUUUCUGUCUCUCUCCUCCUCUCCCAUCCUCUCUAAAAUCGAUAUUUUUUAA